GGGCCGGGCUGCCGCGGCAGCAGCGGUGGCGCCGGGCGCCCUGGCCCUGGGCGCGCUGCGCGGUCCGAGUAGCAGCAGCGAGAUGGAGCCCGAGGAGGGAGAGGACCGCACCCCGCUGCUGAAGGAGUCCCAGCCCGGCACGGUCCCUGCAUGCUGCUCAGCUCGCUACAACCUAGCACUCCUGGCCUGUUUUGGGUUCUUCCUCCUGUAUGCAUUACGUGUGAAUCUAAGCGUUGCUCUGGUGGAUAUGGUAGAACCUAACACAAGCUUAGCAAAGAAUGCGACUUCCAAUGUGUGUCCAGAGCAUUCUUCCACCAUAAAUGUUCCUCGCAACACAACGGGGGAAAAGUAUUCUUGGGAUGCUGAUACUCAGGGAUGGAUCCUUGGUUCUUUUUUCUAUGGUUAUAUCAUUACUCAGAUUCCAGGAGGAUAUCUUGCAAGCAGAAUUGGAGGGAAGCUUUUGCUGGGGUUUGGCAUCUUUGGUACCUCUAUAUUCACCUUGCUUACUCCCUUAGCUGCAAACUUGGGAGUUGGCUACCUCAUAGCUGUCAGAGCCUUGGAAGGACUGGGAGAGGGUGUUACCUUCCCAGCUAUGCAUUCAAUGUGGUCUUCUUGGGCUCCUCCACUGGAACGCAGCAAGCUCCUUAGUAUUUCAUAUGCAGGUGCACAGCUGGGAACUGUUGUCUCUCUGCCACUAUCUGGUUUAAUUUGCUAUUAUAUGAACUGGGUUUAUGUGUUCUACAUAUUUGGUGCCCUUGGAGUAUUAUGGUGGUUCUUCUGGAUGUGUUUGGUUAGUGAUACACCAGAAACUCACAGGAGCAUUUCGCAUGCUGAAAGAGAAUAUAUACUGUCUUCUCUAAAAGAUCAGCUUUCUACACAGAAAUCUGUUCCCUGGAGACCUAUGCUGAAGUCCCUUCCACUCUGGGCUAUUGUUGUGGCACACUUCUCUUAUAACUGGACUUUCUAUACACUUCUUACACUCUUGCCCACAUACAUGAAGGAGAUCCUGCGAUUUGAUGCACAGGAGAAUGGAUUUUUGUCUGCCCUACCUUAUUUUGGCUGCUGGUUGUGUAUAAUUCUGUCUGGGCAAAUUGCUGACUAUUUACGGGAAAAACAGAACUUCUCCACUGUUUGUGUUCGCAAAUGUUUUACCCUAAUAGCUCAACUUUAUUAUGAACUGAAGAAGUCAGUGUUUGUUCCUGAAACUUGGAGAGUUAAAUGCGGGAAUGAUUGGACCUGCGUUGUUUUUAGUAGCAGCUGGAUUCAUAGGCUGCAACUAUGCACUGGCUGUUGCGUUUGUGACGAUAUCGACAACACUAGGAGGAUUUUGUACAUCUGGCUACAGCAUCAACCACCUGGACAUAGCACCUUCGUAUGCUGGAAUUCUCCUUGGCAUCACAAAUUCUUUUGCUACUAUCCCGGGAAUGGUGGGGCCAGUUAUUGCCAAAAACCUCACUCAUAAUAAUACUGUGGGAGAAUGGCAGACGGUUUUCUAUAUUGCUGCCUCUAUUAAUCUAUUUGGAGCGAUUUUCUUUGCAUUAUUUGCAAGUGGAGAAGUUCAGGACUGGGCAGUCAGUGGAUAUCGCUUGCAUAGAAACUGAAGACGUUGAAAUACCAAAGCUGUGCUGAAUCCCAGUGUGCUUAAAAUUCUGUGACCGGAAAAGUGCCUUCCCUACUGAUGCCUAGGAGUCUUCAGAGCUAUUAAGUUACACUAUUUUAUGUGUGCAUCUUUUGUAUUGAAAAUAAUUUGACAUCCUGUGUGUGCUAUUUCCUAACAAGAAACUGCUUGGAUUAAAUAUAAAAGUUUUUUGCUGGGACGUGAUAUCAAACAUAUGAACAGAGACUUUUUAAAUCAGUGUGCUAGGCUCCAAUACUUUCUAGUUUUUAAUUAAUAUUUUCUGAAUUAAUGUGUAGGCAGAUGUUUAUUGAUACUGAAAUGAGAGGAAAAAGUAAAAUGAUUAUGUAGCACUGUAAGGAGGAAUGGCAUGCAAAGAAUUGUACCAAAAAAAUGUGUUUCAAUUUCCAUUAUGAGAUUAAUAGUUUUUUGCUAUUUAAAAGUGUAGAAGAUCUCUAGUUUUCUACAAUAUUUUUUAAGGCUUUUAUUUUGUCAGUGUUUCGAUGAUGGCUAAGAAAUGUACACAGGAUUUACUUCUAUUUUACUCACAAGUUUUUAAUAUAUAAACAUUCCCUGUUUAAUGAAUACAACUUCACAACUAAUACACAGCAGUGAGGAAGUAAAUGUACCAUUUGGACUGACAGAAUAAGCUAUGUGUCCUCUGUAGCACAGCUUUUUUUAAAUAGGCCUUAUUUUCAUUCAUCUCUGCAAAGAGGUAGCAGUCCAGCUGUGUGGUUUAAAUCUAGUACAAGAGUGAACUAGAAAUAGAAUAUCGGCAUGUUUACCUUAAAAUAACUUUGUUUGCAAUUCAUUUUUUGUCUCUUUAAAUCGAUGCAGUGGAAUUCUUUCCUCUUGCAUGUAGAUAUGUUAGUCAGCUCAUCAGUGUAAAAGAAAUAUAAGGCCAGCAAAUAAUGAGGAAAAUCAGUUCUCUUCUUUAGAAGCCUUGUUUGUUAGUCUGAUAAAGCUAGAGUAAAACAGAACUAGUGCAAUAACCUGGUGCUGUUAGUCUCCUACCAAGACAGAAUUUGACACUCAAGAGCAUUCUUUGCACAACACACAGUUAAAUGCCUCACAGUAGGAUUAAAUGAAGUGUAUGAAAGCAGUGGCCUUGUUAAGAACAAACAGCUGAAUAAUCUUGUAGCCACAAAGCAAAGGAAAAUUCCUGUGCCAAAGAUUCCUGGAUUGGAGCAAUUAGGUAAAAAAGAAACAUCACUGGGUUCUGGGUUUUUCAUUUACGACCAAUCCAAAAGAAAAGCCCAGUACUAAAGCUGCUCCAGUGGAGCCUACCGUCCUUCAUUUCUAGGAAAUGGCAUCUGCCUCUUCUUUUUAGCUUUAAGAGCCAUUUUGUUUUGGCCAUCCUUGAAGUGUCAUGUUCUCUGAUGGUGGAUUUAAACUGUGUUUAAAUCUCUUCUUGUGUCUGCAGCAGUUCCACAAUAAACACUGUGAGUUCAGAUUAAAUUAGUACUUAUUCAGUGGGAAUAUGUUAAAGCUAUAUUGUGUCUUCAGUGUUUCCACAAUAAACGGAUUGAAUAUUUACA